GAGGUUAACUGAGUGCGUUCACUACUCUCCAGCUUCUAUUGGAAAAGGGCAAAUAAAAAAAAGGAAAUUAAAAAAAAAGUUAUAUAUUUACAUAUUUUUCUUUUUUUUUUUUUUUUUUUUAUUUCAAUGUUCCGAUAUUGCUCUGGCAUACCUUUGAUUUUGCUCGAACAAUAAGCUGAGAAAUCCGAAAUUUGAUUUUUGAUACGUUAAGUUUGAUACGGAGAAAAAAAGCUUAAAAAUGGCAUCAAUGGUUGCUAAAUCCAGUAGUAGUUGCUGUAGCAGUCAGGUGUCACCAUUGCAUCCAGUCCAAGAAAAAGGAAGCAGAAAUAAGAGAAAAUUCCGGGCUGAUCCACCUUUGGGUGACCCCAGCAAGGUUAUGACUUCACCUCAGAAUGAAUGCUCUGGUUAUGAAUUCUCUGCUGAGAAAUUUGAAGCUACUCCAAUUCAUGGGUGUGACCUGUGUGGCAUUAACCAAGACAAUUCUGAUGGGUUGAUACUAGACCUUGGAUUGUCAAGUGGCAUAGGAUCAUCAGAAGUUGGAACAAGCCAGUCUAGAGAGGAAUUGGAAUCAGAAGAAUCCCAUGAAGCUGAUUGGAGUGACCUUACAGAAUCCCAGCUAGAAGAACUUGUGUUAAGCAAUUUGGAUGCAAUCUUCAAGAGUGCCAUUAAAAAGAUUGUUGCUUGUGGUUAUACUGAAGAUGUUGCUACAAAGGCUGUUUUGAGGUCUGGUCUUUGUUAUGGGUGUAAAGACACUGUGUCAAAUAUUGUGGAUAAUACUUUAGCAUUUCUUAGAAAUGGUCGGGUGAUUGAUCCAUCGAGGGAAUACUGUUUUGAGGAUUUACAGCAGCUGGAAAAGUAUAUAUUGGCAGAAAUGGUUUGUGUACUUCGAGAAGUUAGGCCUUUCUUCAGCACUGGUGAUGCAAUGUGGUGCUUGUUGAUUUCUGACAUGAAUGUCUCUCAUGCUUGUGCAAUGGAUGGUGAUCCCUUGAGUAGUUUUGCUGCUGAUGGGGCUUCAAAUGGGACUUCCUCUAUUUCUUCCCAACCCCAGAUGAAAGCAGAAGCCAAAUGUUCUGAGUUAAUUCUUCCAAAUCCUUGUAAAUUGGAACCUUCUGUUCCUUGUUCUCAUAGUUCUCAAUUUGAGGCACCCAACAACAAGACAGGAGUUCCCAACGUAACCAACCCAAAGAACCCCAGUGUUCUUAGUGGAUUAGCCUCAGAUAAAGAUGGAUUGAAUUCUAAAUGUGAUCCUGCUGAUAAAUCUUUCAACAUUGCAGCAACUUCUCAACCUUCUGUGUUGGAAGAAAAGUUUAUUGUCAAUAGAAAGGUUCAUUCCAAUAGCACCAAGAGAGAAUACAUACUUCGACAGAAGUCACUUCAUUUGGAGAAGGGCUUCCGAACAUAUGGGCCUAAAGGAUCAAGAACUGGAAAGUUGAGUAGUUUGAUUUUGGAUAAGAAACUAAAAUCUGUUUCAGAUUCUGCUCUAAAAAUAAAUAAUGCUUCUCUAAGAUUGAGUAAGGUAAUGGGAAUUGACAUGCCUCAAGAUAAUGGAAGCCAGAGUCUUUCAAUCAAUCCUGGAUCCUCUCCCCCAGCAUCUUCUAAUUUAGAAAGUUCAAGUACAACUUGUUCUUUGCCCAAGACCAAUGUCCCAUCUACACUAGCCUCAGUCAACAUCCCAUCCACAUUGCCUGCACUCAACGCUUCUCCUGUAUUGGCCGCUACUGAUACAGAGCUCUCACUUUCAUUGCCUGCAAAAAUUCACUCCACUUCAGCCUCUAUUGACUGUAACACCGAGGAACCUAAUUGCAGUUUUGCUGGUAUACAAUAUGAUAAGUCGCUAGCACAGUGGGUUCCAAGGGACAAGAAGGAUGAGAUGAUUAUGAAGCUGGUUCCUGCAGUUCGAGAAUUGCAAAAUCAGCUCCAAGAAUGGACAGAGUGGGCAAACCAGAAAGUUAUGCAGGCUGCUCGAAGAUUGAGCAAGGAUAAGGCUGAACUUAAGUCACUCAGGCUGGAGAGGGAAGAAGUUGAACGACUCAAGAAAGAGAAACAAACUCUGGAAGAGAACACCAUGAAGAAGCUCACGGAGAUGGAAAAUGCUUUGGGCAAGGCUAGUGGGCAGGUGGAGAGAGCUAAUUCUGCUGUUCGGAGGCUUGAGGUAGAGAAUGCUGCACUGAGGCAAGAGAUGGAGGCUGCAAAAUUGCGUGCAGCAGAGUCAGCUGCAAGCUGUCAAGAAGUAUCAAAGAGGGAGAAGAUGACUCUGAUGAAGUUUCAGUCAUGGGAGAAGCAGAAAACCCUUCUACAAGAAGAACUUGCAGCUGAAAAACGCAAGGUUGCACAGCAACUACAGGAUCUAGAACAGGCUAAAAAACUACAGAAACAACAUGAGGCUAGAUGGCAACAAGAAGAGAAGUUGAAGGAAGAACUAGUUUUGCAGGCUAGUUCAAUAAGAAAAGAAAGAGAACAAAUUGAGACUUCAGCUAAAUCUAAAGAGGAUGUGAUGAAAUUGAAAGCUGAAACUAAUUUGCAGAAAUACAAGGAUGAUAUUCAGGGGCUUGAAAAAGAGAUCUACCAAUUGAGAUUGAAGACGGACGCAUCAAAAAUUGCAGCCCUUCGAAGGGGUAUCAGUGAAAGCUAUGCUAGCAGACUCACAGAUGCUAAGAAUAGCACUGCACAAAAGGAGUUCGCAACUCCUUAUUACUCAGUAAUGGAAGCAGCAGAUUUUCAUGAAUACUCUGUCAUAGGAAGUGUGAAACGGGAGAGAGAAUGUGUGAUGUGCCUUUCAGAAGAGAUGUCAGUGGUUUUCCUCCCAUGUGCCCAUCAAGUGGUUUGCACAACAUGUAAUGAGCUCCAUGAGAAACAAGGAAUGAAGGAUUGCCCUUCAUGUAGAACCCCCAUCCAGAGGCGUGUUCCUGUAUGUUAUGCUCGCUCUUAAUUUACGUAUGGAGUUGAGUGCUCUCUAAAUAAUGAUCGUGGAACUCAUUUUGAGUUGAAUAAUACAUAUGUGUUGCAUCUGUUAUGAAACAAUACACUAUUAAGCAAGCUCUAUGCAUGGGUGCUCUUCUUA